CAAUGCGCCGUGACGCAGACAUACCCAGGUAGUCUCGGGGAGGCGCCUUUUGUACCUACGCAGGAGUGUCGAGUGUACAAGAAGCUCUUGGUGUGGAAUCCAGAAGGCAGAGGGAAUUUUUGAUUGUUAAAUGCACAAAAUGGAUUUUAUUAGCUCAAUUUCCUUUCUUCUGGUGUUGAAUUUCUUCUGCAGCGUCUCUGCAGCGUCUCCCCCAAUGGGACGGGGAUUUGCUGGACAUGUGGACCCAGAAAACACACAGCAAGUGAUUUUGAAUGAGGCCGCCAUCGUCACCCUCAAGAGUGAUCUGACCACAAUCUUCUUUCCAAUCCUGUACAUUAUUGUGUUCGCCUUGGGGCUCCCUGCAAAUCUAAUGGCUAUAUAUGUGUUUCUGAUUCGGGUUAAAAAGAAGCAUCCAUCAUCAAUCUACAUGGCCAAUUUGGCCCUGGCUGACCUCUUGUUUGUGAUCUGGAUUCCUCUAAAGAUAGCAUAUCAUUUCAACGGAAAUGACUGGAUCUACGGAGAACCUCUUUGUAAAGUUUUAGUGGGAUUUUUCUAUGGCAAUAUGUACUGUUCAAUUCUUUUUAUUGCCUGUCUCAGUGUGCAGAGAUACUGGGUUGUGGCUCAUCCAUUGUCCCAUCAAAGAAAGAAUAACAAGGUGGCUAUAGGUGUCUGUGUGGCCAUUUGGGCUUUCAUUUGGCUUACAACAAUUCCACUAUACUUGUAUGACCAAACUGCCAAGCUCAAAGACCCCAACAUUACCACGUGCCAUGAUGUGAACAUCAUCAAGGACCCUCAGAAUCCAUUUCCCUCAGUCCAGCUACCUUUCUAUUACUUCAUCUUUAUGGGGUUGGUGGUUUUCCUGGUCCCCUGUGUAGUUAUAAUAGUGGCUUACAUCAUGUUGCUUAGAGCUUUAGGAAACAGUAUGGAGGAUAGUUCAGCUGCCAAGAACCGCCAUAAAGCUGUAGUGUUGAUAGUGGUUGUAAUGAUCACUUUUGUGGUAUGUUUUAUCCCCAGUAACAUCAUGCUUGUGGUGCAUUACUCAUUGUUAAAAGAUGGAUUGGCCAACAAUGGCUACAGCUUCUACAUCUCAACAUUAUGUCUGGCUAGCCUCAACAGUUGCCUAGACCCCUUCAUCUACUACUUUGUGUCUGAUGACUUCAGAAACCAUGUAAAGAACACACUCUUGUGUCGCAGUAGCAGGACUGUGGAGCGGAUGAGAGUGUCUUUUAGUUCAAUGCAAUACUCAAGAAAGACCAAGUCAUAUGUGUCUGACUCAGGGAACACUCAAACAAGCUCGUGCUAGGACAACGUGCAUGGAUGCGCUGGUCAUAGGGACUUGUGAGAACAUUGAUCAUUAUCUAGCUAUGGACUCAGGCCUAGAGCUUGCUCCACUAAUGAAUAACCUCAGUAUAAUGGAUUGCCAAAAAUGAACUUUACUUUUUGUCAUAUGGAUGUGUUUUAUAAAGUUUUGUUUUUAAUGUGAACAUAUGUUAUAUUUUAUGACAUGAAGCCUGUUACUUUAUUUAGUUGCCAUUUAAGACUGAUAACUAUUGCACUAGAUAAAUACAGUUUCUUUUUUAUGAUGCUCAGUACUUAAGUAAAUAAAUGAUGAAAUGUGUUCGGUUUCUGUGAAACUUUUUUUUAUGAUAUUGCAUAAUUAAUUACACAGUGUGAGUUACUUUGAGCUACCUCAGAACUCAUUUGUAUGAUCUGUUGAAAGAACAGGACAGCGAUGAUAAUUUCCUGUUAUUUGUCUGGGUUUUUGGUGUUUUUUUUAGCCGAUGUACUUGACCACAUCAUUUAAAGCAGACAAAGGAACGCUGAAUAAAGAGGUGAAAGAAUUCCACAGAUCACGCUGGGACAUGCCUUAACGAUGACUUCACUGAUCUGGCCUAGUUUCUGUGCUGUUGGCAUUUUAGGAAUUACUAAAAUUACAGAAACGGAAACAUGAACUACAAUGUAUAUAUAAAUAUUUAAACUUUUUUCAUUACUUAUUUUUGACAUGCUGAGUUGUUGCUUUAGCAUAGUUUGUGAUUAAAAUUACUCUAAACUUCUGCUUUUUGAACGGAGCUAGUCUCCUGUUUAACGACCCGCUGAGGCUGAGCUCUUGAGGUUAAUGAUUGCUGUUGUAUAUCGUCUUACCUUUUGUGAAGCAGCAUGCCUUCCUUUCACAUGUAGGACAGAGACACUCCCUGGUCAUGUGACUCUUUCAUAGCUCGGACUGUUCCAGCAUUAACAGGACUCAUGCAACAUGUAAUAUAUCAUUUUAUUAUGUCAACCUGGUACAUUUGCAUAGUCUAACACAGCAGAAUGUACAACUAAAUGUCCUUUCAGCACAUAAUGCUUGUUGAGGUUAAAAGCAAUUUUGUUAGAAAGACCUGAUUUAGAUUUAGUGUGAAAUAAUCGUAUUGUUGAUAAAGAGUGGAAAGGAGUCAAGGACAUUUGAUUUAGUUUGUAUGUCAACAAUUGGCUCAGCCACUAUGUUAAUGAGGAACUUGUCUAACUUGUUUUGUCUGUUUUGUGACUGAGAGCCACCAUGGAAACUUGAUCUCAAUUGCCUAACCAGAUGUGAUUCGAGCUUUCAUGCUUCUUUUAGAAUAUUCAUGUAGGCCUACUAAAAUGUAGAAAUUUCCCACUAGUGUGAGUUGAUUCUAUAUCUGUGUGUUUGGUUGUGCAACAUU